CCCCUAUCAAAGCCCCCCUCCCCACCUCGACGCGCUCCCCCACUCACCCUUAGAGCCCGACUGAGCGUGCCGCAGCUUGAGGAAGCCAUCGCAAAGCUCCUAGCCAUGGAAUCUGACAUUCCGACCUGGAAUUGUAUCGGACCGAGGCUAAGCACGGCACUGCACUCGACCUCGUGACGACCACGCUCGGUACAGAAUCAUGCCGCCAGCUGCCCGGCCCGACUCCCCUGAGGAUGCAACUCAACUGGUCGCAGGCAGGAUACGACAUUCGCAUCACCCGUCCCGGCGGUGCCAAGACGUUCAGCGUCGAGUCGUCGAAUUCGAUUCUUGUCCCUUGGCCGGACGCACCGCUCGUCAGCAGGGAGCAGACUCUGGUCGAGGUCCGCGCACGCGGAACAGACCGCUCGGUGACGGCUUGGACACAGCUCAAGGUCGAGGCCGCUCUCUUGGAGGCCGCGAACUGGACGGCAAAGGCCAUCUCCUCGACCCCUCAGGAAGUCGACGCACCCAAGCGUCCUUUCCUCGUUCGCAAGCACUUCACGGUCGACUCGAGCGGUCCAAGCCGCCUGUACAUAACCGCCCUUGGCCUCUAUGACGCCGAGAUCAACGGAAAGCCGGUAUCAAAUCAAGUCCUCGCCCCGGGGUGGCAGUCGUACUCCUAUCGCCAGGCGUAUCAGACGCUGGACGUGACCGACCUCCUCCAGAAGGGCAACAAUGUCAUCACUGCAUGGGUUGCCGAAGGAUGGUAUGCCGGGCGGCUUGGCUUCCUUAAGGGCGCACGCAACAUCUGGGGCUCUGCACCGUCACUCAUCGCCCAGCUGGAGGUGGAUGGAAAAGCCGUCGUCCAGACCGACGAGUCGUGGGAGUGGGCGACUGGCUCCAUCCUUCUGUCUGAGAUCUACGACGGGGAGUCAAUCGAAACGACCGAGCCUACUUCAGCUUGGAAGCCAGUCACCGUCAUUGAUCGACCCGACGUCGCUCUGGUCGCUCCCCAGGCGCCACCUGUCCGCCGCACGCACGAGCUGAAAACUGUGGAGAUCAUCAUCACUCCAUCAGGCAAGACCAUCCUAGACUUUGGCCAAAACCUCGUCGGCUGGCUCCGGUGGAACAAGCAGAUUGAUGGCACUGGCACUGUCACUAUCGCCCACGCUGAGGUCCUCGAGCACGGCGAGCUCGGUACGAGGCCGUUGCGAUACGCCAAGGCUACUGACCAUGUCAAGCUCGGCGGCAGGACCCAGGGCUAUGAGCCCAAGUUCACAUUCCACGGCUUCCGCUACGCCCAGAUCGAUGGGCUUCCUCGAGAUGUACAGCUUGACGACUUCACCGCAAUCGUUGUCCACUCUGACAUGGAGCGUACCGGCGACUUUGAGUGCUCGCACAAGGGAAUCACCCAACUCCACUCGAAUGUCGUCUGGGGCUUGCGAGGAAACUUCGUCUCCGUUCCCACCGACUGCCCUCAGCGUGAUGAACGCCUCGGAUGGACUGCCGACCUCAUGGCUUUUGCCCCGACCGCAUCUUACCUAUACAACACCAGCGGCCUCCUGAUCGAGUGGUUGGGCGAUGUGGCCUUCGAACAGCUCGACUUUGGUGAGGGCCGUCCUCCAGUCUUCGUCCCCAGCGUCCCAACCCCCGUCACUGGCUUUCGCAAGCGUCCAAUGCCAGCUGCCAUUUGGAGCGACGUCACCACCAUUACCCCCGUUGACCUCUACAGCCUCAACGGCGACUUGGAUCUUCUCAGCAAGCAGUACAAGAGCAUGGUCGAUUGGGUUGCUGCCAUCCCACGCGUCGGGUCUGGCCUGUGGGAGCGGGUGUUCCAGUUCGGCGACUGGCUCGACCCACGCGCCCCGCCCGAUGCUCCGGCUGACGGUAUGACGGACCCCACAUUGAUCGCCGACAUCUACCUGGUGAACACCAUCCGCCUCGUAGCCAAGGUUGCUACCCUCCUCGGCAAGUCAGAUGACGCCGCGCGGUAUGAGUCGGAGGCGGCGAAGUUGCUGGAUGCCUUCCAUGACGAGUAUGUCUCCCCGAACGGCCGAAUCACCUCGGACUCGCAGUGCGUCUACGUCUGUUCCCUCUGGUUCGAUCUGUACAAGACAGAAAAGCAGCGUGACCGCUGGGUCGAUCAGCUGGUUUACCUGGUUCGCAAAGAGCGCUUCCGCGUCGGGACAGGAUUCGCAUCCACACCCUUCAUCCUGCUCGUCUUGGCCAAGUACCGGCCUCAAGUUGCCUACCGCAUGCUCCAGGAGGAGGAGUGCCCUUCGUGGUUAUACCAGGUCAACAUGGGUGCCACCACGAUGUGGGAGAGGUGGGACAGUAUGCUUCCCAACGGCGACAUUAACCCGGGCGAGAUGACCUCGUUCAACCACUACGCGUUCGGAUCGGUCGCGGCGUUCAUGCACCGGGUCAUCGGCGGCCUCGAGGAGCUCGAGCCGGGAUGGAAGACGAUUUCGGUCAACCCGCGUCCCGGCGGAGACAUCACUCAUGCGUCGACCUCGUUCUUGUCGCCAUCUGGCCUCGUGUCAUGCAAGUGGAAGCUCAACGCCGACCGCAACAAGCUUUCAGCCACAGUCGUCGUGCCACCCAACACCACCGCCGAGAUCAAGGUGGGCAGCACAACCAAGACCGUCGGUAGUGGUCGGUGGGAAGUCGAGGGUGACUGGGUUGAAGACAAGAUGCCCGAGGCUAUUGCGUUCAACUUCUAAUUUAGUAAUGUAGUCGUGUGUAGGACGUGUGGUAUGACAAGAAUGGGAC